GGUCGAAACGAGUAUCACAUUGUUGCUGCCUUGUAGCAUUGAAGACAAGGGAAGUCAGCGAGCUUUUGUUCUUUCUUGAUAAAAAGGUAUAAAACAUUAGCCAAUCAGCUUGUGGGCUAAACAACUGGAAUGGUCCUGGCACCAAAAACAAAAGUGUAAAGGGAAGCCAGUUUGGCGUCCCUCCUAUCAAAUCCCAUCGAGAGCAUAUGUCAUUGACAGAAAAACUUGAUUUGUUUAAUCUCCUUCUGUUGUUGUCCUCCGGUGGCUGGACUUGUGGUUUUACUUAAUUCUCCAUACUGGCCAAUGAUUAUAAGGCGAUUCAAUAUAAGUUAAGUUCAAUAUGUAGCUAGAUCUAGAAGCCUAAUGUUAACUAGCUAACGAUGCCCAUGAACAGAAGUUAGGCUAACGAGCAAGCGUUUUAGCCAGGUAAAAAAAAUAUUAGCGUGUACUGUAUGACAAAGUGAUAGACCGUUUCGUCAACAUGAAAGAGGAGGAUGGCAUUGGUUUUCUCUACAAGUUGGGGAGAGUCAUGCCACAGAUGCACAGUGACUAUUCAACUCAUCCACAUCCAAGCUGAGGCUGUUCCCACUUUCAGGAGGCUUGGCCAGACUUGCCCUGGGACUGGCCUGUCUCUUCACCUGUAAUAACCCUGCUACCUCCUGACUCCUACUCUGGCUAGCGGUCUGGUGUGGAGCUCAAGCUCAGUGAGAAUACCUUUCAGUAUUAUCUUCCAGUUGGAUUGAGCAAAACUAAAACCAAACUACUCAGAUUGCAGAUUGUAUAUGAUUCACUGUCCUCUUCCCACUAUUCUACAUUUUUGAUAUGACACAGACUUGCCCUUGUACACUUUGAAGUAGGUAUUGGGAAGAUCAGAGAGAUCGACCUCAGAGCUAUGCCUAUGAUCAUGAUCCUCAGUAACCAAAUACGACUCUGACAGGUCAGACUGUCAUAGUCAACUUCACACUCCAUCAAAUAUCUUUUGUGGUCUCCAACUGUAUUUAAACUUGUGGCUUAACAUCAAGCACAAUCUCAAAAUGGAUUAUGAUUUCUGUGUUAAAUAGCAUUCCUCUGCAUACACAAUGUGUGUCUCGCUCAGUGUUUAAAACAAGGACAUAGCUUACUAUUUUUGAUUCAUCUUAAUUGCUCAUUAGAUUGAGACAUCAUCAGUCAAAUUAUAAUUUGACAUGACAGUCUUAAUGUGAUCCUUAUUGUAAUUAUUUUAAUUUCUCAGGAAAGUGCUCUGAUGUCCUUGUCUUCUCUCAGCAAACAUAACUGUCUGCAGUCUGUUUAUCAGUCUACUGUUACAGUACAGGGCAGCACAGUGUAUCAAUACUGUAUAGAGAACAGAUGGUUCCUAUAGCAGACAACAUGAACAUGACCCCAGAGCCUCCGACACAGAACUGCUCCAACUGCAGCCAGGCGUUUGUCCCAGAGCUCAAUGUGAUCAAGGCUGUGGCGCUGGGACUGAUACUUGGGACCUUCAUCAUAUUUGGGGUUUUUGGGAACAUCCUGGUUAUCUUGUCGGUGGUCUGUCAUCGACACCUACGCACAGUCACACACUACUUCAUUGUCAACUUAGCGGUGGCAGACCUCCUGCUGAGCUCCAUCGUGCUGCCCUUCUCUGCCACCUUUGAGAUCUUAGGGUACUGGGUGUUCGGACGGCCAUUCUGCAAUGUGUGGGCAGCGGUGGAUGUGCUGUGCUGCACAGCCUCCAUCAUGAGCCUAUGUGUGAUCUCAGUGGACCGCUACAUCGGGGUCAGCUACCCGCUGCGCUACCCAGCCAUCGUGACAGAGCGCAGGGCACUGCUAGCUCUGGUGGGCUUGUGGGCUCUGUCUGUCACAAUCUCCAUCGGCCCUCUGUUUGGCUGGAAGGAGCCGGCGCCUGAGGAUGAGUCUAUCUGUAAGAUCACAGAGGAGCCUGCCUAUGCCAUCUUCUCUGCUGUGGGCUCCUUCUACCUCCCGCUGGCCAUCAUACUGUCUAUGUACUGCAGGGUGUAUGUGGUGGCCCGCCAGGAGAGCCGAGGCCUGAGGGAGGGGCACAAAACAGACAAGUCAGACUCAGAGAGCAUCACGCUGAGGAUACACCGCGGCAACACGGCUGUGUCUGAGGACGAGGCCCUGCGCAGCCACACACACUUCGCCCUGCGCCUCCUCAAGUUCUCCCGGGAAAAGAAGGCCGCCAAGACCCUGGGCAUUGUGGUUGGCUGCUUCGUGCUCUGCUGGCUGCCUUUCUUCCUGGUUCUGCCCAUAGGUUCCAUAUUCCCGGCAUACAGACCUUCGGACACAGUUUUCAAGAUCACCUUCUGGCUGGGCUACUUCAACAGCUGCAUCAACCCUAUCAUCUACCCCUGUUCCAACCAGGAGUUUAAGAAGGCCUUCCAGAGUAUUCUAGGAGUGCGCUGUCUGAGAGCCCAGCCAAGAGCCACUCAUCACCUAGGUCCGGGCCUCAGUCAAGCCCAGGUCCAGGGUCAUUCUCUCACUCUGAGAGUAGAUGGCAGAGGUGACCCCUCCCGUCUUAGCCCCUCCUCCUCCAUAGCCCUGUCCCGCACACCCUCCUCUAGGGAUGACAGAGAGUGGAAGAUAGAGACAGGACAGGCUAAGGUGGCCCAACUGUGCAGUAGGAGUCUGCUGAAGACCUGCUGCUGCAUCAGAGACCGGAGCCUCAACCAGGGGCCCAGCCAUCCCCAGCCCCCUUCACACGGUGACAUGCCCACCAUUAAGAUCCACCAGUUGUCUUUCUGUGAAAAUGGAGAGGCCGUAUAACCAGAGAUAAUGAUGGAGUAAAUCAUUUUGAAUGUCUCUGGUAUGAAUACUGUAGUUCUUCUUCUCUUAAACAAAGCAUGGUCUACCCUCAAGGUCCAGUGCUAUUAAAGGAAACUAAAGUGAAUAGUGAAUACAUUUCUAAGCCCAGUGGAGUUUACAACGAUGGAACAUUAAUAAUAGCUGGUGGAGAUGGUCAAUGAAAUUCUGAAAUAUUUUUCAGCGGAUUUUGGAAUACUCUGACUGCAGAUACACAAUGGCAGUGUUUAAAUUCAUGACUAUUUGUUUUUACACACUAAAACAAGGUUUUACCUCAAGAUGAUGACACUCUUUAAAGGUCCAAUGCAGCAGUUAUUAUCUACAUAUCAACUAAUUUCUGGGUAACAAUUAAGUAACUUGCUGUGAUUGUUUUAAAUUAAAAUUAUCAAAAAGUAACAUUACAUUUACAUUUUAGUCAUUUAGCAGAUGUUCUUAAUCAGAGCGUCUUACACUAGUGAGAAACAAAAAUAGCUUCUUGGCGAAGAGCAAUUUCUCAAGCAAGAGUUUUGCUAAGGCUGUCUGGUAGUGGUCUGAGUGGGAAGGGGAAAAUGGAAAAUUAGCUGUUAUUGGAACUCUCUUUCUUAUUGGUCUAUUAACUAAUUUACCACCUGGUGAUGCCACCAGGCAGGCCACAACUCUAUCCAGCUCUUACACUAAAAGGGCAUCAUCAUAAUUUUCACAUUUCACAGUAUUAUUCCAACCUCAUAGUGUGGAAAUAUAUAUAAAACACAGUAAAAUCACGUUGUUGACUGUACUGGGCCUUUAAGACAAGUGCACAUUCUCUCAGGUGGUCUUUGCCACUCUUCACACUUUACCAUCCAGUUGAUUUGAAUAGUAAAGAAAACCGUCCAAAUUACAUUUCCAAUCUAAUGCCAAAAGUGAUAGUUCCCCAAGAGCAAAAUAUACCCCCCCCCCCUGUUAAAUAUACAUGUUAGGAAAAGUUUUCCAUGGGGAUCUUACUGGGAUCUACACUUUAGCUAUAUCAAUAUAUGUAUUAUUUAUUCCAGAUAUUCCUGAUAAGAUAUUGGGGUUUGUGAAGUUAUUUCUUAAGAAGGACCAAAUUGUGUGUUCCUUGUGCAAUGUUUACAAGUUGUAUACUUACAAAGAAUAUUACCAAUGCAUUCUAGGUCAAGUCUGUACAUAUGUAAUUGGUGGUAACCUCACAAAUUGUUCAAAAUUGUAAUCAUUCUCCCAGUGUCUUACCCUUUACCAAGCUCUUGUCCCGUUGUGAGAAUAGUGUGUGACUGUGUGAUACUGUGACAUCACUCCCAGUCUCCCUGGGGAGUCAGAGGGCAGGCACAAUGCCCAUCACAAAUGAAUCACACCAUACUGUCCACAGCAGGCUGGAACCCAAGAGGAUACUGUCCUUCCAUGUCACGUAU